AUGUCAGUCGUGUAAACAACAUUUUUGUCUGCUACCGCCCAACUGGCCCAACGCCCCAAUCAAUGUCCUGUCCCAUGCUACUGCUGCCACUUGCAAUGUUGAAGCAUUCCGCGCACCCUCCAGAGUUACUAUAAUUACUGUUGGUAAUUUACAGAGAGCAAGCGGCGUAAACAGCACAGAAAUAUGAGCGAUGUCGCGGCGGCCAGUUCCGACGUCAAAACGAGAAGUCGCACGGUGCGCGUCACGAGGCCCUACUCGCCGGACAUCAGAUGGGCUGCUAAACCCAGGAAGAAGAAAGUUGCCCGAACUGCGGCCAACUCGUGCAAAAAUUGCGGCAGCCCAGUAAGGGGUGCACUCAACCUGCUCUGCAAGCCCUGUCUUCAUGCCAGCUUGGAUGUCGGUUACAAGGAGAAACAAAGCACGCACGCACACGAGGAAGACAAGAAGAGGUACCUGGAAGAGGCACGGUCCUUUGCGUCCAGCCUGGCCAAGGUGUACAACGACCCCAGCGCAGAAAGGCUCUUCUGCCCCGACUACCGGCCAGUGCGUGGACCGUGCGCCUGCAUGCAGAAGUACCUCGUUGGAAACGGGGAAGGCCGGGAUCUCCGAGUGCAGUCGCUGCUUCCUCUGCUUCACGAGGCCCAGAAGCUGUGCAAGCAGAAGUGCUACGAUUGGAAUGAGGUGAAGCGGGUGAACGGCGUCCAGACGGUGGGGCUGGGCAAUGGCCAGAAGCACAGCGAGCAGUUUGAGCAGUUUGUGGCCCAGCACCGGCCGAGGCUGAGGGAGCUGCGGCUGUGCGAGCGGGCCACCCAGAGGGUCCUCUUCUACUCCAACAACUUCCUGCACCGCUGCCUCAAGACAGAGCCAAACAAAGGCCGCCGCGUCCAGCGCGUCAAGGGCAAGGCCGCGCUGGGUCGGCUGAAGACGCUCGAAGAGAUGGCCUCGGAGACGUGCUGCCAGCAGCGCUGCGCCGCGCUGGCGCGGCGCUACGCCACGCUCGUCGAGCAGUGGCGGGAGCGCUCCCAGAUGGGGCAGACAGAGAACCGCCGCGUCCUCGCCGAGAUGCUCACUCCCAGCGGCCCAAACUCGACAAACUGCUACAAGUUCAUCUCCUGGGUAACCGGUUGCAGCUUCACGACCAUUGCAAGGGUCAGCAAACAGAUGCUGCUGACCGGAGGAGACAGGGAGCCUCCACCGCACGGUCUCAAGAAAUUUUGGAAUGACAAGGGACCAUUGCAAGAGGGAGACGAUGGCUGUCAACAAGCGGCACCCUAGACAUUCCUCUCGGUUUUCUAAUGCUCUCAUUUCUUUUUUUUUCUACUUACAACUCUCUGCAAGAAAAUAAAAACGGUCAACAAAGUUGGUAACUAAUGA